AUGGGCAGGCUACGGGGAUCCGCUCCUGGAGCUGACGUUUGGCACGGAGAUGAGCUCGCUUCGCUCUACUGCCCUGCGGUGGCCCACCACCUUGCUGACGUCUUCAAUUUUAUGCUGGACCAGGGCUGCGUGCCCACAGAAUGGCGCAAGGCGCGGGAAGUAACGCUCCCAAAGGAGGGCAAAGGGAGGAGAAAGAAGGAUGGGAGCAUAGCUGCGCAGGCGCUGGGACCCAUCACCAUCUUGAGCUGCUGGUGGCGCCUGCUCGGCAGCGUGCUGCUGCGGCCCCCCGACGCCCAAGCGUGGCAGAGGACAUGGCGGAGGGAGGAGGCAGUUGGAGGACGCAGGGCUGGAGAGGUGUACAUGCCGCUCAUGCGCCUCAUCGACUCGUACCACCAGGGUGACUUCAUCGCGUCCUAUGACUACACGUUGGCUUUCGACCAGACCGACCCCAAACUGGCAGUCGCGGUGUUGAGGAAGCUCGGGUGCCCGCGCGCGGUCGCCGCUAUCCUGGAACAGGUGUGGACCGGACAGCUCCGGUACUUGCAAUGCCAAGGAGUCACACUCAGGCAGCCGGAGGAGGUGGGCACCUCGGUGCCCCAGGGCGACCCGUGGUCCAUGAUAGCUAUGGUGGCGGUCCUACACCUGCCGAUCACCGCCAUCGUGGCGCGCAUCCCUGGGGCGGAGUUCUCCUGCUUCGUGGACGACAGGUCGUGGAAGUCCAGCACUGCGCAGGAGCUGCUGGCAGUCGGUGGGGAGUGGAGGAAGUGGUCGCUCGUCUUGGGCCUCAAGGAGAACGAGGCGAAGUCCCAGCACGCCCACCGGACGGCCGCGGGCAGGAAGCAGCUGCUCAAAGCAGGCGCGCCGGACACCGCGGUGACGGACGCUCCAGAGAUCCUCGGGGUGGGCUUCUGCAAGGGGGCCAGCCGCCAAGGAGGAAGAGGAAGGAAGUAUACCAGGAAGGAGGAGACGAGGCUGAGGAGGGCCAAGGUGAUGCUCGAAAAGAGCGCGAGCCUGCCAGUCUGCAGAAGGAUGAAGGAGGCGACGAUGGCAAGCAAGGCGCUGGCAGUCGCCGAGUACGGCUGGAUCGACAGGCAGAUGAACAAGAGGGGCGAGACGCAGCUACAGGCGGCGAUCGUGAGGGCGAGGCAGGAGCCCAAAGCAGGGAGCCCCCACCUCCGGGCCAUCUUCCGCGGCCACCGGCUCAGUGUCAGGUGCCGCCUGCUGACAACUGCCUUCGUGGCAGCGUGGCGCACCCUCUGCAAGGGCCAGCGGCGGGGCUGCGGCUGGCAGGAACGCGCCGAGUGGGAGCGGGGGCGCCCAGUCACGGGCGUCAUUCUCAGCCUGAGCAAGGGCAGCGAGCACCGGUCUGAGUGCAAAGGACGCCUCGAGCACGUGCUCCGGGAAGGCCGGCGCGCGAACCUAUUCGGGAGGUGGCGGGGGCAGAGCCGCAUCGACUCGUCUCUGCGCCGGUUCGAGCAGUGCGACGAGCGGCGCUGCAAAGCCGCGAGGCCCCUGGCAGAGGGCAGCACGCGCGCGGCCAGCGCGAUGUCUGGAGCCUUCGUCUCGCCGGCGCACCUGCAGGCGCCGGACUUCGAGCGCGUGGUCUGGCGAUGCGAGGCGGAGAUCAGGCCCGUAGGCCGGCCACAGGAUGCGCUGCAGCGGCGCCUCCUCUGGCCGACUGGCCUGGAACGCAGGGGGGAGGUGGGCGCCGGCCUGCUGCGGCGGGCCCUCGCCAUGCGCAAGGCGAUCCUGGAGGAGCGCCGCGGCAGGAGGCCGGCCGAAAGCGCCGGCAGCGCGCCCCCGGGGAGCUGA